AUGACAAGAGAAGCUGCCAUGGGAAAGAACCGAAAGAACCGAAAGUUGGGGCCAGGAGGGGGGACAGGCUUUGGGGUACUUCGGAGGCCCCGCCCAGCCCCUGGGGAUGGGGAAAAGAGGUCUCGAAUCAAGAAGAGCAAGAAGCGGAAGUUGAAAAAGGCAGAACGGGGGGAUAGACUCCCACCUCCUGGGCCUCCCCGGGCACCCCCCAGCGAUACAGACUCUGAAGAGGAGGAGGAGGAAGAAAUGGCAGCAAUGGUAGGAGGGGAAGCCCCAGCCCCUGUGCUACCAACACCUGAGGCUCCUAGACCCCCUGCCACAGUGCACCCUGAAGGAGCCCCUCCCACUGACGGUGAAAGCAAGGAGGUGGGCAGCACUGAAACAAACCAAGAUGGAGAUGCCAGCUCCAGUGAAGGCGAGAUGCGGGUCAUGGAUGAGGACAUCAUGGUAGAAUCAGGUGAUGAUUCAUGGGAUCUGAUCACGUGUUACUGCCGAAAGCCCUUUGCAGGCCGGCCCAUGAUUGAGUGCAGCCUGUGUGGGACGUGGAUCCACCUCUCCUGUGCUAAGAUUAAGAAGACCAAUGUCCCUGACUUCUUUUACUGCCAGAAAUGCAAGGAACUGCGGCCAGAGGCCCGGCGAUUAGGGGGGCCUCCGAAAUCUGGAGAGCCCUGACACAUGCCAUCUCCAGGCUGGAACUUCAAAUGGAAACGUGACUUGGGAACUGAGCUUCAGGGUCGAUAUGACCCCUGAAGCUGGGAUGUUGUCCCACUUUGAGGCAGAAAUUCCCAAGGGGGACUGGUUUGGAAAUGA